GGUCGCCAUCGAUCGGUUAUCUUGAGAAGCUGGCGUAGCAGGAGAGGGACGAAGGGGGAUGGUGAGUAUGCGGGAUCAGGAGGAUGAGAGGGGUUGGGAUUUGGUCGGUCAGGAUGGGAUUGCGACGACAGAGGACGCAGAGGGUGCCGACCAGGAUAUGGAUGGAGAGGAGGAGAAGGUCGAAAUGCCAGAAACCGUUGACCAUCUGAGCACUCAACAGCUAGCACGUCUUCUUGACGAAGAGGCGGCCAUGCUGCACGAGAUGCAGGCCAAGGUAGGUAAGGAGCUCCAUUACCUUCAGGUGGAAGAGGCCAUGCUUAUGAAACUCCGGGAUCGGAUGGAGAGUGCAGAGCAGGCAUUGCUGGCUAGGGAAGGAGACGAUGGAGGAGGAGGCAAUUCGACACGUGGCAGUGGAAAGGACGCGGAGGAGGAAGCUGUCAACCUGGGAGAAAGGGAGGAGGAGGAGGAGGUGGAGGAGGAGGAGGAAGGGGGGGAGGAGGGGGAGGUGGAUUGCUCUGAUGAGGACGUGGAAAGGGAGCAUCAUGAUGAUCUGGGGAUGGAGAACGGGAGGAGGAGGAGAAGAAGAAGUGCGCUCUAUGAUGAUGAUGAUGAUGAGGAGGAGGAGGAGUUCGGUGCUAGUUUGCAUUCGAGGGCUCGUGGAGGUACAAGCAAUAUCUUGACUGACGCUGAUGAUGAUGACGAUGACCGUUUUCUCGCGGACGUGGAGGCAGAGGUGGAUGAGCUGGCUGUCGUGUCUAGCAGGAAAGGUGUUUGUAAUCGUGACCAGGGAGGGCUUGUUAUGAAACAUGGUGCAAUUGGGCUUCGGACGUAUCAGCACUCUGUGGAAGAGGAGGAAGAGGAGGAAGAGGAGGAGGAGGAGGAGGAUGUGUAGGAGGAGGAGGAGGAGGUUGAUGAGCUGGCUGUCCUAUCUGGCAGGAAAGGUGUUGGUAGUCAUGACCAGGGAGGACUUCUGAUGAAAUGGACAACUGAGCACUCUGUGGGAGAGGAGGGUGAGGAGGAGGAAGAGAAGGAGAAGCGAGGCAAAAUGCGAAUCAAGGGCAGCAUGAAGGCAGCUCAGAAGUUCACUCCAGACAUCUUUCCAAAAGUCUCUAAGCUUUGAAAGAUUCCGGCAGGUGGAUUGGACAGGGUCGCAUCUCAGCAGAAUGAAGAAGCGGACUACGUAGCCGCGCCAUGGCUGCAUUUCUUGGCGGGAUCCUAUUGUCAACAAAUCUAGAUGGAUGAUGGGUGUGCAUGCAUGCAUGGAUGCGUGAAUAGAUGCAUGAAUGGAUGGAUGACAGGGACGCAUGCAUGCAUGCGUGAAUGCACGCAUGGAUGCAUGAAUAGAUGCA